CGUAGUGACGCAUAAACAAAUGGUGGGAAUAGGAAAGAUUUGCAGGUUCUUGUUCGUUUGAUGUUAAAUUGUCGAAACAUUGGCAUGCCUGCUCAAAGAUGACACUUCACCGGCUUUCUUUAUUUAGCUUCUUGCUUGCAUUUACACCCAUACUGUCCCAAAAUACUGCUCAGACUGUUGUAGCAUACUAUUGUAUUGUAGAUACUGCUCAGACUGUAGUAGCUAAUGCUGCGUUUGAAGAUGUUGCUCCAUGCCCUUGUGAUCUAACCCAGGGUUCCUGUGAUAUAAACUGCUGCUGUGAUGGGAGCUGUAGCAGUGAUGAGAAGAAAACAUUUGAUGGCUGCAUUCCGUUCCUCCCCGGAGGACAGGAUGCUGAGACUCAGCAGUAUAAAUGUGCAUCAGACCACCAUCAUAAAGCCGACUGGUUCCCAUUCUUAUGUGUGGUGUUUGAGUACAAUGCAUUCCUAGGUUACUACUAUGAAUGGCAGUAUAAACUAGCAGAGAAUGUUCAAGCCAUACUCAGACGACUCUUUACCAGAACUUUCUACUGGUACAGAGAAGAGGAAGCAAGGAUUCUGUCAGACUCCACAGAUAAUGUUUAUAGAUAUGGUGUUAGUGUAAAGACCAGUAAGGGUAUACUUACACUCCCACAGCCAACAUUGAAUGGCCAGUGCAUGUACACAGCCCCUGUGAGGUACUUGAAAGACUUGGAGCAUUCCUGCUCAUACACUAUAUCUGACAGUCUAUGUAGUCCAUCUUCAGUGCUGAGUGCUCUUUCCUAUAUACAGUCAUCAAAUAAUAAUAGCAUACUGGAGGAGGAGUCAAGUGUAGUUAUUGCAUCAACAAAUGUUGUUUACAAAUGUGCCACUAAUUUACAGUCUUAUCUUAAGUCGACACAAACUAUAAGUGACAUUAUUGAUAAUACGCAAGUGUAUAAAUUUAAUUAUAAUUUACCAACAGACCCAAAUUGUGUUGAUGAAUGUGGAUCUCUUAAUGAUAAAUGUAUUGAUUUGAACAACUUAACAAAUCCAGAUCCGAUAACUCCGCCUACAACACUAACAGACUGUCCGUCGCAGACCCCAGCCGCACCCACCCUGGCAAAUGGUAUUUGCUCAGAUGCUGUGAUUGAUGUUGAAUACACAAUUAAAUGGACUGGUAAUAAAGUUGCUAGACUGGAUGCAGUUGUUAUAUUAGCAGAUUUUCCAAUACAGAACGCUGCUGGAACAAACAAUGUCCUCUCACAGAAAUAUAAAACUACAUUUGUCCACAAUGUGACUUCAGUCGGUAACGGCUCCACCGACAAUUUCAAUAACAUCACUGAUUCUCCAUAUGAGAGAUCUGGAAGAGUUGGGUAUGAUGCUGGGAAUCCAAUAUUUACUGGUUCUGAGGUUAAGAAUACAACAUUAUCACCACCUGAAUUCAUGUAUGUUAAUACAAACACUACACGACAGAUGGCUGUAUUUGAUACAAUUGCAGAUGGGUUAUGUUUGAAUGCUGGAAGAAGAAGUAUAAAGUUUCGUGAGGACAUUACCACACAGUGUAAACUUAUGUUGAAUCAUGCAGAGUUUUCUGACUGCUUAGGAUUGAGGAAGUUGAUUAUAAAUCGGCUGAACAACCUGAUGCCAUCAGAUCUGAUUGGUCGCCGUGGUUACAAUGAUCAGGCUAACAGAGGGUACUGGCUUCCAGUUCUCAGGGAUGACUUGACACCUCAGUGUAUAUUAAGUGAGUAUUUCCCCCUUGGCUUGAGCCCAGUAGACAACCGUACUGGGAUAUGUUACAAUAUAACUAGCGGUAUCCACCUGGAGAUCUUCUAUGGUGUCACAGGAAAGUCCAACAGUUUUCCCAUUUAUGAAAUUCUUGGUAGUAAAGUCAGUUAUUCUAACACAACAUGGCAGGUAAGAUGUAGCGGACCUGCAGGUGGUGUUUGUCAGGGAACUAACUCGCAACCAUUCUACUUGACAAGUUCAGUACGAUUCAUAGAGAUACCACCUCAGACCCCAGAGCCGGUUUCAAGAUACUAUGAGACACCAAGAGAAGAAGACAAACAGCUGUGUCCAGGUGACAUUUGCUGGGACAAUUUAUUCUACCCAUUCACACGUAGAUACAAUUCAGACAGUCGAGAAUACGUGUUUGGAAUGGUCUCCUUAUCCAUUAUCUUCUUUGUCGGCUAUCUUCUUGUAUCCAGACCAUUCUGGUGAUACACUCGUCUGUGAUAUUAUGCAUGGAAAGUUGAGAAACAUGGGAAAAUAAUGCUUUUUAGUGCUACAUUUGUGAAAACUUAGAGGAUAUACACUGUAUAGAGAAUACAAAGGUGGUACUACUGUGUGUUACCGUGAAAUAUUUAUGAGGGACUAAAUUCUGUGUAUUUCAUAGUUGCAUCAGUUCUUGAAAUAAAGUCCCAAUGAUCAAAUGAAGUUCCCAUUGAUUACAUCUUCAAAAGGUGAGGUCAGCAAAUUAAGAUCCCACGAAAUAGCCAUUCUGACAAAAACCAUGAAAAGAUAUGCUCACAGAAAAAUUAUUUUAUUUUAUGAUAAACAGAAAUUCUCGGGAUAAGUAAAGGCAGUGUUUAUAUAUACUUAGAGCAUAAAAUACUGUACAAUCAUUAUCAUGUUACUCCUAGAUAUCAGCUUAUGGAGAUAAUGAACAAUUUAAAUGUUUGUUGGGAUUUUUAUUUGUGGAUUGGUAAAAACAUGAAGAUUAGUCCCCUAAAUGCAAUAUCACAGUAUUGGUCAAAUUUAUUAAUUGAAGCCAAUGGUCUGUGGGUGUUGCUUGUGGAAGGAGAAAUGUCCAUCUGUAAGAUACCAGUUUUUGUGUAGAUUUUUAAUAUCACAUAGUUAGUGAUCAACUUACGUGUUGUAACACAAGGCAGCUUCUGUAAAAAGUGUAGAUGGCAGUAAACAUAUUUGUAUUUAUUUUAGCUUAAGUGUACUUGAGUUUAACUGUAUGGGAAAUAUUGCACCAUACCGGAGUUAUACCUCUGCCUUCUGGAACAGUUUGUUUGGUCAGAGAUACAGACUAACAGAAGAUAUUACAAAGGCUUGAAUUUGUUACGGUCAUUCACUAGUAAGCUUGAAUACAUAUUGAGUAGAGCUGUCAGUUGCACAUAGAGAACAAGGUAGUUGCAUGUGCAUACUCUAGGGACAGGUUGGUUAACUUACUGCUUUAAGAUAGUACUGCACAUCUGGAACAAUUUUAUUUCUACAAUUCAAAAUUUGAUUAAACCCUGAUUUUCUAAAGCUGCAGAGUAUAUUUAGAAAAUUCUGCAAAUAAAAAAGAUAUGGUCAUAAAAAAUUUGACCUCACACAAGUUUUCAUAAUGGAGUCUCAGGGAAAAUCACAAUUUUUGUGAAAAGAAUUUUUUCUGCUAUGUAGAUUUUAAUGAAAUUUCUCACAGUUGUAACAAAAUGUAUGGGCUAUAAUAUGGUGAAAUAAGAUGUAUAGGUCCAUGCUUGUUUUGAGAUAUUUAUCCAUAUUUAAAGAGAUCAGCACAUUACAUGCACAUUUUAAGACAAUAAUGUUAUUUAAUGUUUCAUAUAAUGUGUCAAAAGUUUAAUAUUAUAUUUUAUUUUAGAAAGAUAGUAACAUUGCCGUUUUAAUAGAUUUACUCACAGUUUGCCAUUAAUUCAUAAAAACAAUUUUCAUUUCCAUAUACAGAGUCUGACUUUAUUCUUCGUUCUCCAGAUAAAUGACCAAACCUUUCCCUUGCUCAUGAGGCAAAGUUUAAUAAUUUGCCAAUAAAGUUGAAAUGUAGUUUAGUUACUCUUGAUGGUUUAGUAUGAAUGUACAUUUUGCUAAGUAUAAUUUUGUUACCAGUAUUCCGUCCAGGGUUUUAAUAACAGAAUUGCAUUUUAAAGCUUAGUUGAAGUGAUAGUAUGUGUCAUGUUUUAAUACUGAUUGAAUCAUGCAUCUCUAGUAAAUUUAAUAUUACUGAUUUAUUUAUUGUAUAACUUUACAAAAGAAAUAAAUUAUUUAUUAUAGUAUGUCUUACUGUUGUACCAUAACCAAAGUUAACAAUCAUUUCUUUACUAUACCCCAGGUAAAGGUUUGCAAGUUUUUCUUAAAAUAAGCCUAAAAUGACAUUUGCCAAUGAUAAUUUUAUAACUAUUUUAAAUGUAUGCCAGUACAAAUGGGUAGAAUAUUUGAUAGAAAAGGUACAUGUAGAUCUAUGAUAAUGAAGGUACCUGUAGAUCUUCCUGUGCUAAAUAAUAAUCCUGCAAGGUUUGAUGAAUGGAUAAAAUACUUUCUUGAGAUGUGAACGACAAAUUUGGACUGACGGACAAGGGCAACUCUAAAAGUGGGGGCACAAAAAUAUUUAGAAAUGAAACCAAAAACAAUGAUGUGCUUGAGAAGUUUGUUGUCACGUGUUAACAUUUUGAUUUGUAAACCUAAAAAUUAGCAUGAUAGUCACCUCAGAAUAAUUAUGUCUCCCGCACCACUGUGGUGGGAGACAUAUUGAUUUACUCCUGUGUGUCCGUCACAAAUCUUGUCCGCACUCCAAGUCAAACAUUUCUCAUCCGAUCUUCACCAAACUUGAACAAAAUGUGUUUGCCCAUAAGUCCCUGGCCAAGUGCGAUAACUAGCCAAAUCAGCCCAGGCACUUCGGAAUUAUGGCCCUUGAAUUACCGAAAAUCGGCCUUUUUUCUCUUGUCCGCGCUCUAAGUCAAACAUUUCUCAUCUGAUCUUCACCAAACUUGAACAAAUUGUUUAUGACCAUAACUCCUCGGACAAGUUCAUUAACUAGCCAAACUGCCUGAGGCACGUCAGAAUUAUGGUCCUUGAAUUACCCCAAAUCAGCCAUUUUACACUUCAAAGGUAUAUUAGUAGUGUAAACAGUAUAUAAAGACCGACUUACUAUAUAGAUAAUUAGGCAGUUGAGGGAGACAUGCGCUUUUCUCAAAAGCAGCUCUAGUUGCAUUAUGUGAUUGUGGAGACUGGCUGAAUAUGGGGUAUAAAGGACAGGAUUUCUACGAGGGAAGUAGCUACAAAUAUAGAACUAGAUAAUCAGACGAUCAUUCUACAGGUCCGAUACCCAAUAUCUUGGAUGAAGACUAAGAGAUUUGACUUUUACUACGUCUGGGAACAUUUAAAGGAUAACAAACACUAAAUUACUGACAAAGUCAUUAGUGUAAACAGACUUCAUUAUUCCAGUUUUUGGAUAUAUUGGAAGCAUAUUCUAACAUUUUUAAUAAUGAUGGUUAUUGAACAAGUCCUUUAAUAAGUCUUAUAUUUAAUAUGCAGCCUAUUACUUUUGUGUGGAAAGGUAAGAACAAUCUCUUGAAAUGCUUUAAAACUGAACACAUAGAGAGAUGGUACUCAGGGUGUUGAAUUCUUCAUGUGAGCAGGCCAUCCAUCUGGCUUAUGGAAAGUCGACAGUUCUACCCAGGUGCCCGCUCAUGAUGAAAUAAUGCAUGGAGGGGUACCUGGGGUCUUCCUCUACCAUCAAAAGAUGGAAAGUUGCCAUAUGACCUAUACUUGUGUCGGUGCAAUGUUAAACCCAACAAAAUAAGUAACUAGCUGAUAAUGCACAACUUAAUUUGGUGGUGUUUGACCAAGAAUAUUUGUAUUGUCUGAUAAUACCAAGACAUGACUAAUAAUAACCCUUCAGAUGUCCAAUAUUUCAUUUGGCUUGCGAAAAACCAUAUAUUUUUUUUACUUUCUAGUUUUCAAUGAUACUUCAACAGAAAUCCAGUUAAUAAAGUGUAAGAUUUAUCAUUUCACAGUUAAAAGCAUGGCUGUAGUGAUUCAUGCAUAUUAUUAUGGUCAUCUUAUUUACUAAUUCUUGUUCAGCAAAUACACCUCUUUAAAAUGAUAAAAAAUAACAUGGGGGUCACCAGGCAUUGAAAUGUUAUCUACCGGUAUUUGAUUGGAUACCUGAAGUCUGAUUAUACCCUGAUUCAUGUUACAUAAUUUCACUAACAAAAAAUAACCAUUUAUUCCAUAGCAAAGCCGGCAGUGCAUUCAAAUGGCAUCAGGCGCCUGAUAUGCGAAAUUCAAACAUUUAUUAAUACAUUUAAGGUGACACAGUCGCGCAACAAUUUAAAAAUAAGUAUGUCAAAAGACAUCAGACGGUGGUGUUUUAACCUUUAGCAUGCUGAUGGCAAGUGAUUUUGCCUUUGCGACCAGAGCAGACCAAGGCUGAUCAUGUACUGCCCAAAUUGACUGAUGGACCUGUCAGUUUUAGAAGUUUAGCAGGGUAAAGAUUAAUGAAUCAAAAGUAAUUUGUAGAGAUACAAGAAGAAACAGAUGAAUGAGUCAUGAAUAUUUUAUUAUUGCUUUACUUUAGAAGCCCCAGCACGUUGUGUAGACAAACAGUAUAUGUAAAAUGUUAUUACAUAACGCAUAAAAAAUGUACAACACUUACAAAAGUGAACACACUAAAAUACAGCAGACAACACACUAAGUAGCUAAAAUGAACAUAUGUCCCUAAAUGGGCAUUUGGCGAUGGAGGCCUCUCACUCUUCAAUAAUACAGAUACCUUUCAUUUGUGAAGGCAACAGCUGGCUGAGUCAUAUAAGAAACAUUUCUAACAGACAGAGGCGAAGAUGUUUCCCUAUAUUCAUAUAUUACUGGUGCAAAACAAUCAAAACAGGGUCACCCAUGGUACACCUCAAAAUUGGGCCAGCAGUUUCUUACAAGAAAUCUUUCAAAGCCCAAACUAUAUUAUAUAUAAAGAAAAGUGACCAUAGCAGCCAUGUUCUUGACAAUUCUGAAUAAUCUGAACUGUCUUGGUAGAGCAUCACUUUUGGAACAUUUCUGUAAAUUAUUUGGAAAGGUGACCAAUGGUUCAGCAAGAAGAUUUUUAGUGGGUCCUUUCCAUUGUUAUAGCAACCAUAGUUCUGCAUGAAAUGAAAAUUGUUCAGCACCUCUGAAAGGGGGCCACCUAAGGAACGUUCCUAUGAAAAUUUGGUUAAAUGGUUUUACAUAAAAUGUUGUUUGAAGAAAAUAUGGAUGGCCAGAACCCAGAUGGUGAGUGGUUGCAAUAACUCAAUUUAUGCAACUUUGGUUCCGGAGAGCUAAAAAAGCAAC